GCUUAACCUGAAAGCGACCGGUAGGAGAAGGAAGGACAAAAUUCAUCUUCCGCACAAAUCUCGAGUUCCACACGACCCCGUUGACGAAUACAUUUUUUUUAGCAGUAAUCUGAAUUUAUGGUUCCUAAUUUAAAACAGUGGUUGCUAGGUAUAAUAAUUUAAGUAAUAGUUUAAGUAAUACAAAUUAGACAGUUGUUAGAAAGAAAACAAUGCUGCAGUAUUUAAUAACAUUAAAGUAUAAUAAGGACAAAUUUCUACUGCGUACCCUGAGGGAAGACCGAACAAAUAGUUUGGAACCAUUACUCCCUGCGAGUGAAGAUGAACUGGCAUUUUCACCUUCCAAAAUAGUUAAAUUACAUUAUAAACAAAACAAAGGAUUUUUGAAUAAUCCCAAUGGAAUAGAAACUCCUGCAUCCCUGCCAAUACCCAACAGAAGUUCUAAUCGUCGAGCAAGAAAUCGAACUCCAACUCCUACAGAUGUUGCAACUUCUUCUUUUGAUAAUAGAAAUAAUAGUUCUACAAGUGUAACAUCAUCUCCAGAUAUAGACACUACCACGAAUUCGAUAGAGAGAUCGUCCUCAUCUCCUGUUCAAUCAGACACUCAAACACUGUCGCAAUCAUUACUUCACCAAAAUUCCUCACAAUCUGAAACAACUCCUCGUAAGGAUUCAUUCUAUAUACCCAAGAAAUCAUAUAAACAAGCAUUAAGUUCUUUAGCACAAUAUCUGGAUAAGAGUACAACUACUCAGAGCAAACUUUUAAAUAAACAAGCCAGUGAUUCCUUUCAGCAUGAAAUAGAGCAAGAAUGGUAUGAAGACGUUCAAAUUGUAUCGGAUAGAUUACAUCUUCUAAAGGAAAUGUAUAAGGCAGUACAAUUAAUUAAAAAAAGGAAAAUAGCGGGGAAAUUCGAUAUUACAGGUGCUUUAGCUAGUGAAAUCUCAUCAAAUAAUCCAACUACUAAUAAUUCUCCUAUGGCUGCAACACCUUAUGGUCUGGAUGAUGAAGAUGUAAGUAAUAUUAUUGGGAAUCUGCUGCAACAAGAAGAAGAUGAAAGUAGUAGUAAUAGUAAUACUGAAUCGCCCGCACCACUUGGAAAACGAGUCCCCAAGAAGAGGGUCCAAUUCAGAGUGUAAUUUUAACGUUUUUUAAUGAAUCUUAUUUAGUAACUUUUUUAGUAUAGUGACAAUAUAUAUAAUCCACCCAUAUUAAAACAUCCAUUCAAAACCGGACUGCACACAAAUUCCGCACCCACCCAAAAUUGAUAAAAAGCCCUUGGUAAAUGAAAAUGGUCAAUGAGACACUAUCACGAGCUUUAUCAACAGAAACUGUCAGUACACGAGUGCAGGAAUCAUGAAACCAGUUGUUUCUACCGGUAAUGCGUACUGUUGUACGAUAUUAUCUGCGUUUGCUAUAGUCAUAUUGUCAUUUAUUGGGUAUUUAUUCCGAAUUGGACAUGAAUCUAUGAUGGGGUCAAUUAAUGA